GUAUCUUACAUUAUUUUAAUAUCAAUAUUGAUAUUGAUAAGAAUUUAUUAAACAAGAAAUUUAUUGUUUCUAUUUUACGUGCUCUUAUUCGAUGCAUCAUUUAGUUUCUAGUACAAUAAUUCCACUAUCUACGGCACUGAUGUCUUCGGCGCUUGGCCGCUACAGAUGCUUUAGGUGGGGAGAUUGACCGUACAAGACGUGAGUUUUCGAAUUUUAUCGAGCAGUAAUUAUCAGUGCCUGAACUCUCGUUGUGCCGGUUAUCUUUGUGGCGGUACACAGUGUCUGAUUGCAAUUUACAUCAAUAUUCAUCAUGCGUCUGGUGAUUUGUGAUACAGUGGACUAUGUCGCAGAAUGGUCAGCAAAGUACGUUGCAAAGAGGAUCAAUGACUUCCAGCCUAAUCAAAACAAAUACUUUGUCCUUGGGCUUCCUACAGGUAGUACACCUUUGGGAAUGUACAAAAAACUGAUAGAAUAUUAUCAGCAGGGCAAGGUCUCCUUCAAGUAUGUUAAGACAUUUAACAUGGACGAAUAUGUAGACCUGAAAAGAGACCAUCCAACGUCCUAUCACUAUUACAUGUAUAACAACUUCUUCAAACACAUAGACAUCGAUCGGGAAAAUGUGCAUUUACUUGACGGGAACGCGGAAGAUCUUGAGAAAGAGUGCAAUGAUUACGAAAGAAAGAUCAAGGAAGCUGGCGGAAUAGAAUUAUUCAUUGGAGGUAUUGGUCCAGAUGGACACAUAGCUUUCAAUGAGCCAGGCUCGUCGUUAACUUCCCGCACGCGGGUGAAGACCCUCGCGCAUGACACUUUGGAGGCUAACGCGAGAUUCUUUGGUAACGACAUCAACAAGGUGCCGAAGCAGGCCUUGACUGUAGGCGUUGGCACUGUGAUGGACGCUAGAGAAGUGAUGAUUCUUAUCACCGGAUCUAACAAGGCUUUCGCUCUUUACAAAGCGAUUGAAGAGGGUGUCAAUCACAUGUGGACGGUCUCCGCGUUCCAACAGCACCCUCGUACGCUCAUAAUUUGCGAUGAGGACGCGACUCUGGAGUUACGUGUGAAAACGGUGAAAUAUUUCAAGGCGCUCAGUGAGGUACAUCGCAAAUUGAUUGAGGAAGAUGGAGAUGCAAUUCCCCGCCGUAGAGUGCAAUAUAAUUGAAACGAAUUUAUGGAGUAUUCAUAGCAAACUGAUCGAACAAGAAGAUCGAACAUCAUAAGCAUUUUACCAUCAUCGAUGAUAGGUGAAAGUCGUAAUAAAUUUACAUAAAAGUGAUAAAAAAAAUUUCAAACGAAGUAAAGUUUUGUGAAUGAUAAAACGUCGGAUAAGAUAAUAAUUAGAUAUUAGAUGCUUGUCAAAAUUCGUAUGAUAAAAGCUAUUUUUAUUGAUUAAUAAUAAUAAUGAGAUGACAUGUGUUUUAAUCAAAGUUGGUCGUUGCUGUCAAUAACCUUUUGUCAUCUUCCAGGCAAAUUUGAUCCCACGCCGAUAAAAUAACUCAUCUUUUAAGACAAUCUAUUAAUUUGUGAACUAUAAACUUUUACAAGCUUCUAAUAUCUAAUAUAGCAUGCGAUUUUUUUAUUCGUCAUUAUAUUACGUUUAAUAUGUUUGUUACUUUAAUCAUCUAUUUCAUAUUUCUAUAAAAAAAUAAUAUUAAUGAUAUACUCGAUGCUUGCGAUAUGAAUACAUGUCAGAAAGGUACAUAUUUUUAUACUGUUCUAUCAUUUUAUAGAAAUAAAUUUAUCCUGUUUA